AUGAUAGGAAACCUACUCUACUUGAUUGCUAGUAGACCAGACAUUUCUUAUAGUGUAGGAGUUUGUGCUAGGUUCCAAAGUGAUCCCAAAGAGUCUCAUUUGUUUGCUGUCAAGAGAAUCAUAAAAUAUGUGAGUGGAACUAUUGAUUUUGGGUUGUGGUAUACCUAUGACACUAGUGUCAAUCUUGUUGGGUACAGCGAUGCUGAUUGGGCUGGUUGUAGUGAUGAUAGGAAGAGUACUUCUGGGGGAGUCUUUUAUGUUGGCAACAACCUUGUUUCUUGGCAUAUCAAAAAACAAAAUUCUGUGUCAUUAUCCACUGCUGAAGCAGAGUAUGUUGCAGCUAGAAGUUGCUGUACACAACUCCUCUAA